AUACAAUGACCGUAUUACAUCUCUUCGUCCGGAUACCCUUAUUAAUACUUUGAAUACAACUGCCUCGGAUCCUCUUGUUGUGCGUUACCCAUUAUCUGACUCUCAAGUCGUUGUUCGUUGCAGUCUAUCCACAUCAUGGUAUAAAGAAAGGCUUCCACACAACAGUGGUCUUUGGUACCUUAUACGUUAUGAAGCUGAAACGAAAUGGGAAACCUUGAGUUCAGGCAACUCCCAAUAUUUUUUUGUGUAUAGUAAAGAUAAAAAGAAAAGCGAAGAGGAAGUGAUCAAGAAUGAGUUUUCGCUCAAUAAUAUAGUAGCAAAAAUUAAACCUUCAGAAGGCAGUGAUGAACGUGAAAUCAGUCUUUCUAUUCGGGUUAAAGGUAAGAAAGCAUAUGGUGACUGGGAAAUAGGCGAAGUUCUCAAGAAGUUUUUGCAUCAGGACGGAUCUUCCAUAUGCGAAGUUCGUGAAUUUAAAAUAGAUGAUGAGUUUCAAAAACUUAAACCUGAAAUUAAUGCGGAAGAACUCAAAUUAUUUAUUGAUGAGCUUAAGAAAAAUAAACGUACUUUCAAACAUGUUGUCCGAAAUGAAUCAACCUGCCGAGAGUUCAUUUCUGCUUUCAUGACCACAGCAGUACAAUGUGUCCAAUCAACAGAAGAAGGUCUUCAACUUAAAGCUGAAGAGUGGCUUGAUGGAUCCUGUGGCUUUGGCCCCACCGAUUAUGCUGUCUAUUUGGAAAGUGAGGGUCUAGUUAUGUUGGUUGCAAUAGUUAAGAAAGAAGAUUUUGAGAAAGGAGCUGCCCAGAACAUUGUGCAAUUACACAGUGCUGUAGAGCGUAGUAUAGAUGAAAUAGAUGAUAGUGAAGAUGUUCCAGUUCUUAUGUAUGGAAUUGUGACAAAUGCAUUACAAUGGUAUAUUAUUCGAUGGGCUGGCUCUCCAGAGGAUCCAAUAGUGGAAGUAUCUGGUCCACAUUAUUGUGAAUUUGAUAGUAAAGAUAUGGAACAAGCAAAGAAAAUUGCUGGUUAUAUUACUUCUAUUCUCCAACAACAAGUUCUCG